UGAUCCGGAGCUUUCAACCGCCAACACUCUAUCUAGAACCAAGAAUUUCCGUUUUGGUGAGCCGUCUGGUUACUUCCCUUGUUUGCUGUCCAUCUAAUUGCGCCGAGUGGCGCUGCAUCAUGCAAUGAACGGCACACCUCGCCUGUCCUCUGCGUUUCCAGGCACACCGCAAACGACACGGAGAAGAGGAUACGGUCAAGAUGGAGGAAACCCACAGUCACGGUCGAGGACAUCACCUCUCCUGAAGCUUCCAGCAGAAGAUGACUCCCAAGAAGAAUACCACCCGGUCAUCUCUCCCGAUCUCAUCGAUCCCGCAACCCAACGUCUCUCGGUGCUCGGCGUCUACAUAGCGCUUUGGAUAUGGCGGCUACACGAUUUCUACAGUCUGUGGAUCGACGAUACCGAGUCAUUUUGGCUGUUCAUGAAAUGGGUGGCCAUUGACUGUGCCUUUCUUUAUGGGUUGUUUGCGCUACAUAUCCCGUGGCUAGAAUGGUCGCCUGCCUUUAGGCUCGUUCUUUUCAUGGGCCAUGCGGUCUUGGAUGGUAUGCUCAUGUUCAAGAUUGGGCUGCCGCUUCAAUCAUGGAUAGUGGCAUUUAUCAAGACGUUUUGGGACAGCGAGCUAGCAAUUUCGGAAAGGCGGGUGAAACCUGGACAUCUAUUGCAUAACGCUUCCUUGAUUCUUGGGAAACAGGUCAUUCAUAUCCUGCCUGAAGGAUCAGCUGCCCUAAAUCCCGAUGGUACACCGCUGUGCAUUGGGACCACCAACCAACCAGUCGAAAUGCCGAUUCUCAUUAACCAGACAACCCCCAUUUUCAUCGAAUUAUUGCGCGCGGACCUGAAUGAAAACGUUGUGGAGAAGAUCGAGAUUAACUCUAAAGAAACGAGGAAACUCAUGAAACAGGCGCUGAAAGCUCACAAGCCGAACUCCAAUGAGCCUAUCGUACUGAAGUAUCCUAUUCGCAAAACUGGGUUGUAUAAGCUGUCCAAGAUCGUAGAUGAGUCCCGACUGGAAGUCCGACCGAGACCAUCGACAGUGUAUGUUGUACAGUGUCCAGAGGGCAGGUUUAAAGAGAGUGGGAAGAACAAGUGCUCGGGAGAACUGUCAAAUUUUGUGCUUGAGAUUGAGGGGACGCCGCCGAUGCGAAUCAAAUACCGAAAGGAAGUCAACGGAAUUCGAGCUCGAGCGACUUUGCAAGGCAUACAGCCUGAUGGGUUUAUAUCACCCCUUUCCAGACACCAAUCUUCUGGAGCCCCCUCAGCAGCAGACGCCCCCGACCUCUCAUAUGCUCAGCCUCACCGGGUCCUGGUUCCCAUCAAUGAAACUUUGGACGCGAGUGGGAACUGGGUCUAUGAGAUUGAGCUUGUUCAAGAUGCUCUAGGCAAUGCUAUCAGCUACAUCGAGGGUCCUGAGGAAUCUUACUCUAGCACCAAAAAGAUGGCGCCUACUCAGACAUUCGAGGUCCACGAUCGCCCACGGGUUUCUCUUGUGGAUUGUACCCCGGACAGGCCGUUGCGAGUUGCUCGUGGGCUGUCCGCCCAAUUGCCACUGGAUUACAGCUCCUCUGGGUCCGUUCUGGACUUCCCAUUGUCAGUGGAGUAUCGAUUUACUCCGGAGGAAGCGCUCCUCCCGAAUGGCGAGCACAGCGACAGGUCACCUCUAACGAAGUCGACGAUCCGCUUUCGCGACCAGAAGCCUUCUGUUGAGAUGCCAGGGUUAUACACGAUCCAGAGUGUUUCGAGCAACUUCUGCGAAGGGGACAUCCACGAACCGUCUUCUUGCACAGUUCUGAAUCCGCCUGAGCCCUCGAUUUCAGUUUCUACUGAGAAUAUCUUCGACAAAUGUGCGGGCAGUCCCAUUGGCCUUCGUGUUUCCGCCGACCUCACUGGAACUCCCCCUUUCCGUGUUCGUGUGCAAAUUCAAAAAGAUGGGGAGAAACAGCCGAGGGCCGUCUACCACGACUUCAGAAAACUAAAGGGGCAGUUUGAGCUCACUCCGCCGGAGGCAGGCAGUUAUACCUACACUAUUACGGGGAUCUCUGACAGUGUCUAUGAAACUCGGCACUUGAGUGACAAAGACCUGGUCAUUCGCCAGACCGUCCGACCUGCUGCUUCUGCACACUUCACCAGCUCGACAACUCAACCGGCUUGUAUCGACGAGUCUGUGCCUCUUCAAGUGAGGCUGCUCGGAGAGGCGCCCUGGGCGCUUGAAUAUGAAUUGGUUCACGCCGGAAAGAGAAAGCGGCAGAAAGUGUCCAAUAUUACAGAUGAAGAAUUUACAAUUGAAACGAGCCGGUUAUCAACUGGCGGAGAGUACACUGUCGCUCUAUCAAGUGUAACGGACAAGAGCGGUUGCAGAGAACUAUUGACUGCAGAGACCAAAAUCAAUGUCCGUCACCAGAGGCCAAAGGCGUCCUUCGGUGUCAUCGAUGCGAAACGGGCCGUCAAGAUUUUGACCGGGAAGAUAGUGCAGCUACCAAUUCGACUGACCGGGCGUCCGCCUUUCAAGGUGGAAUUCACCUGGGUCUCGCCGUCUGAUCCUGGCAACGUUGUUACCGAUACACAACAGUUCGAUAAGCCGAAUGGGAUUCUCUCAGUAAAUAAAGAAGGCACAUACGAACUCGUAGGUAUUACGGAUGUAGAUUGUAAAGGGGUAGUGGAACGUCAGAACGGCGCUGGCCUCUUUACAGUCAGCUCCAUCCCUCGGCCUCAGCUCGAUAUCCCAGCCAGCCAACGAGUGCGUAAGGAUGAGGUUAAGUACGUCAAGACGGAGGUAUGCGAAGGAGACGAGGACUAUCUUGAACUCGUCCUAUCAGGCCAACCUCCGUUCACUGUCAAAUAUACCGAACAUCACGCACCUAUCCGAAGUUCAAGCAAGAAGCUCGGGUACCAAAAACCCCUGCAAGGUCAAAAGUCGCUACGAAAACGCGAACUCAAUCCGGCUACAGAGAGUGCUUCCAUCCGCAUGGACACAUCCGACGCAGGUGUCCUUACAUACACAUUCAGCGAGCUAAGCGAUUCCAAUUACGACCAUGAUCCCAAACGCCACAACCCCGUUACUGUCGAGCAAACCGUCUUCGAGCGUCCUACCGCAUACUUCUCCAAUCCUGGGAAGACGUACAGUUGCUGUGCUACCGAGGGUGAUGGCGACGAGAUCAUUCCCGUGGAGCUGAACGGUGUCCCGCCGUUUUCUAUCGACGUCGAAAUUCGGCAUAGUGGAACCGCACGACCGGAGAUGUUGACGUUCCGCGGUGUUGAAAAGCGUCAACACGAGCUUCGCAUCCCGCACAGCUCGCUGCAGCUCGGUCACUCGAGCCUCAUCAUCCGCAAGGUUCUGGACUCGAGAGGCUGCCAGAGCAAAUCGGAAGUCGGAGUGCCUGCGGAAAGCAGCCGUGUACACAUCUCCAUGCACGAGGCUCCGUCUGUAUCUCCUAUGGAGGCAAAGACGGAUUACUGUGUAGGCGAGCAUCUUGCUUUUGCCCUUUCCGGAAAAGGACCGUUUGAAGUGUUCUACAACUUCAAGAAAGACCGAAAGGCGAAGGUGAGGACCAACGAAUUCCGCCGAGUCGCUGAUGAAGCGGGUCCCUUCACCGUCACUGGCAUCAAGGACUCGUCCUCCAACUGUCGAACCAGCACGCACAUCGCCAAGUUCGUUCGGCCGCUUCCGGCGGUGCGGCUGUCCAAAGGCCGUUACUCCGUCGUGGACAUCCACGAAGGAAGCGAGGCGGAGAUCCUGUUCGAAUUCGAAGGCACCCCGCCGUUCGAGUUCACGUACACUCGCAGCACGAACGCGGAGAAGGGCAGGAAGAGCGUGGUGUUGGAGUCUCGGAUGGCGACUAGCUACGAAUAUGAGAUGAAGAUCAAAGCGAGCGAGGAAGGAACAUACGAAGUGAUCGCCAUUCGAGACAAGUAUUGUGGAUACUCGAAGCACGGUGUUCAGGGGUCGAGAAAUCAAAAGCUUUUGACGGAGUAGCAUGGAGAUGCGUCUGGCCUGGGGGGCGUGGUUUUCUUUCGUCGAUAGAUUGUUGGGCAGCAUUUCGAGGGCGUUGGACUGGUUCUAGAUACCUUGGGUUCAUGCAACGUAUUUCAGGGCCAUCAAAAUCUCUAGUUGUAUACAGGAUAUGAAACAACAGAAUGAGAAAUCGAUUUUAUCGUAAGCCACG